CUCAAUUUAUUCACCAGUUAGAUCCUAUUUGUCUAUCCGGGCAGGACAUUUGGACAGCUCGAGUACCCUUGAUAUGCUUCAAUGUCGUCGAAUGGUAUUAUCCAGAUAGGGUACGACGGCAAUUCGGCUGGCUCCAGUUUAUCCCUGUUCCUCCUUUUCGUCAUUGUGGUUAUCAUUCAACCAGUCAAAAGGGAAAGUAUGAGGUUGAUUGGAGAGUUGAAUGGGCAAAAGAGAUUAACAUCUGGAAUAACCGCCAACAAUUUGUGGUUCACAGUAAUACUAGUUUAUUGACCCAACACUAUCAUAGUCAAUAUGGAGACUGGUACAGGCAAGUAACACGAAGAUUUAUGACAAUCGAGGGGGCCACUCAUGUAGGAAGUAUUGAUACUCACGAGAGAGCAUGGAUCUCAUCAUGCUCAGAUAAUGCUCCGAUCGGACGACAGCAUAACCGGAUGGCUGGGGCUAUUCUUGGAGCUUUUGGAGAGCAACGAAGAUACAUGGACUACCCAAGUGAAUAUAUCAUUCAAGAUGAUAUGCAUAUUCCUGAUUAUGGGUUCACUCCUACCGCUAAUGCACCAUCAGGUAGAGGUCCGAGAACUCGUCAACCAAGGCAAAGGUAUGUCGAUCCUCCUCGUAUGAGCUGUGAUACUAUUUAUGAACCGCCAGUCUGGAGAGAUCUAUCAAUGCAAGCUGGCUCAUCUUCAUUCACACAAGCCCGAACAAGUUUUGGUGGUUAUCCCACAUCAGGUGGGUUUGGCCACUACUCCGAUCCCCAAUCAUCUUCAGAGACAUUUCCGAGUUCAUCAUCGUUGCCAACCGAUAGAGAUUUUGGCCACCCGACCACUUUAGAUUUUUCAAUGUUUGAAUCAGGCUCUCACUUUCAGGGUAGUUUGGGACCUGAUUAUUUUACUCCUUCUACAAAUAUUUUUGCUCCAUUUCAAAUGGAACGCAUGUCCACAAUGUCUAACCUCCAAUCAGUAGAUAUAUCUAGUAUGCGUUCCCAUUUAUCUGAAGCUAAUGAUGAUGAUCCACAAGAGGGCAAUCAUGGGGAUGACGAAGAGGCUGGAAAUGAUGCACAUAACGACGCUAUAGUCCAACAAUCACAUGAGCAGAAUAUGGGUGGUAGAAUUCCUUUUCUCAGACGAUUCCUUCCACACCGAAAUCGUCGACGUCCGAGAUGUGGUACCGAUUGA